AUGGACGAAACGACAAUCGAUUCAAUUUUCUCAGGAUCUUUAAAGUCCUUACCACCCGUUAGUUCGAAAAUUGUGCGGAUAUUUACAAGUUCGACCUUUACUGACACAACAAUGGAAAGAAAUACUUUAAUGGCUCAAUGUUAUCCUAAAAUCAAGGACUAUUGUAGGGAAAAACACGGUUUAGAAUUUCAGGUAGUUGAUAUGAGAUGGGGUGUACGUGAUGAAGCCACUGACGAUCACAUGACUACAGAGCUGUGCAUGAGAGAAAUAGAAAACUGUCAGAGAUUGUCUAUGGGACCUAAUUUUGUUGUAUUCCUUGGACAAAAAUAUGGAUACCGUCCUAUACCGACUUAUGUUCUUAGUUCGGAAUUGGAAAUGUUGAGAACAGAAUUGGAUAGUCAAGGGAUGGACGUUAGUGUUCUGGAUAGAUGGUACAAGAAGGAUAGCAAUGCUGUGCCACCUACGAGCAUAUUACAACCGAUUUCAUCUAUUCUUAAAAACUUUAACAAUAAAAGAAUACCUAAGUUGCAACAAGAAGAUCAAGCGAUCUGGUGGGAUACUAUGUGCAAAAUGCAAAAGUUAUUCAGAAAAGGCGCGCAAUCUUUGUAUAAUACUGGAAAGUUUGACAAGGAUACGAUGCACAAUUAUUUCAUGUCUGUGACCGAACGGGAAGUAAUUAAUGGUGUGCUAAAUGUUAAAAAUACGAAAAACCAUUGCCUGGCGUAUGUACGAUAUAUAAAUAACAUUAAUCUUCAAAAUCUGAGGAAGGCAAAUUUGUUCUUGGAUAUAGCUAAUAGAAGUUUGGACAAUGAAGCCUCUAAAUUAUUGGCUGACCUCAGAGAUGAGCGAUUACCGAAUAAAAUCGAGAGUACAAAUUUACAGAGAUAUACGGUGGAAUGGAUUGGAAGAGAAGGUUUAGAUCCUGAGACUCAUAGUGAGUAUCUUCAGCAUUUUAUAACUCACUUCUACAGAAACAUAGUGAAGCUCGUAGAUCGUGCCAUGAGAAAAGAAGACAGUUCUGCACAAGGACAAAUAAUAACUGAAAUUUUGCAACACCUACAUGCUUGCAAUAAUUCUGUAAAGGUAUUUUAUGGACGUGAAGAUACUUUAGAAAGAAUAAAAAAUCACAUGUUAGGCAACAGCGAUAAGCCAUUAGUAUUGUAUGGAGAAGGUGGAUGCGGCAAGACUUCUUUGUUAGCGAAAAGUGCUGGUUUGACAAGUAGUAUCUGGCUCAGCGACAGAAAGCCAAUCAGUAUAAUUCGUUUCCUUGGCACUACCCCCGAUAGCAGUGCACUUACUCCCACAUUGAUUUCAAUCUGUCAACAAAUCUCCUACAAUUAUGGAUUAUCGUUUGAAGAGAUUCCUGAUGAUCUGGUACCGCUUACAGCUUACUUUAAAUAUUUGUUGACUUUAGCUACCACCGAACAACCCAUUCUGUUGUUUUUGGAUAGUGUUGAUCAAUUAACAGGUGUACAGGGCAAUAAAUUGUCAUGGUUGCCCACGAGAUUACCAUCAAAUUGCAAGAUGAUUUUAUCAUGCGCAGCAGAAGAAUCAAAUCCAGUGAUUUCCAGAGAUUAUCAGUUACUACGCAGAAUGAUAGAUACUGAAGAAAGUUUCAUUGAAGUAACUGCCUUGGGUGAAGAUCUGGCUAUGGAUGUAAUAAGAAUGUGGAUGAAAACAGCCAGGAGAGAUCUAAAUAAUUAUCAAUGGCGUUUAGUAGCGAACGCUAUAUCAAAGUGUUCCUUGCCGAUUUUCGUAAAACUCGUGUUUGCAGAGAUUUGCAGGUGGCGUAGUUACACAAAACCAGCAGACACACACUUAGCCAGUACAGUGAUGGACAGUAUAAUGAUGCUGUUCGAAAGAAUUGAGAAGCAACACGGCAAGAUUCUGGUCUUCCAUGCCUUGGCCUAUAUUACGGCCGCUAAGUCGGGUUUAUCAGAAUCUGAACUCGAGGAUCUAAUUUCCUUGGAUGACAAAGUCUUGGAUGAUGUCUAUCAAUAUCAUUUGCCACCGGUGAGACGUAUUCCACCUCUACUGUGGACCAGAAUAAGAAACGAUUUGCCCAAUUAUCUAAGCGAAAGAGAGGCGGACGGUGUAAGUGUCCUGAAUUGGUAUCACAGGCAAUUCAGGGACACGGCCAAGGAACGUUACUUCAAAAAUAUGAAUAUGGCGAUGUAUUUUCAUUCGAUGAUUGCGGAUUACUAUCUGGGAAUUUGGGGAGGCGGUAAACCAAAACCUUUCAAAUAUACCGAGAUACAGAGACAUCGAUUUAAUUUAACAGACAAAGAAGGUGUAGCCGACAGGAAAGUACCGGAACAACCACUAGCGUUUUACUCAAAGGAAGGGACUAUUUCGAGAUACAACUUACGGAAGUUUGGCGAAUUACCGUUUCAUUUAGUAAGGGCACGGCGCUUCAAAGAUCUUUUCCAGAAUGUUUUGUUCAAUUAUGAAUGGUUGCACGCUAAGCUCAGCUCUUGCCCCUUGCAAGCUGUACUUUCUGAUUUCGAAGAUGCCUGUAAUUUUAUUGACGAUCAAAGUUUAGUGAGAGAACUAAUGUUGGUCGCUGAUGCUCUGAGAUUAGGUGGUGCGAUUUUGGGAAAUCAUCCAGAUAUGCUUGCGCCUCAAUUAAUUGGUCGAUUGUUGCCGGAAAUUGGCGCAAAUGUUAAUGUGAGAAUGUUACUUCGAGCAUGUGAUCAAGACGGCGUUAAGAACUGUGCUCUACUUCCUCUCUAUCACUGUCUGCAUACACCUGGUGGACCGUUAAAAUAUUCGUUGGAAGGCCAUCAGUUUGCAGUAUUCGGAUUUUGCUUAACAUCAGAUUAUCGAUACAUAGUAUCGAUAUCCAAUAAAUUUAUCACCUGGGAUUUGAGUACUAGCGAUAUGACAAGGGAUGUUAAUCCUGGCGUGGAAGGUAUAAUGCAACGAUUGGUCUUAAGCCCCGAUAACAGAUAUGCUGCAGCUUUUACAACUAAUUAUCAGACUGUCGUUCUGAAUACUUUGACAAGUGAAUUUGUCGUCAUUGAUAAUCCUUUACCAAACGAGGAUGAGGUAUAUGGCGUGCACUUGAUGAAUCAAUAUGCUUUUAUUUACGGGAAAUUAGGAUGGUGCAGAUUCGAUUUGCGAGGAAAUUUGCUCAAUACUUAUAGCAAUCCCGAAGAUUCCAAUAAAUGGCCAAUUUUAGACGUGGAGUAUACGAAUUUGGAUCUCUACAGAAUCAUAUUCUGGUCGGGGAGUCUUGACGACACGCGUAUGCUCUUGCAUACUUAUAUGAAGAAAACAUCAUUGGAUCCAUUCGAAUUUCACAGUGCCAUGGUUAUGACGAAGGACAAAAAUAUUUUGUACGCGUGUACAAGCAAGGACGAUUACAGAGUCGUGAAAUACAAUAGUGACGAGACCUCAUCUUACUGGGAAAAGGUUUUCGAUAUGCCACGAGCGUACAAUGACGAUGUAGAGUACUUACUGCAACUGAAGUUGGACAGAGAGGAGGAAAUGUUAUUAGCUACAACUGGAAAUGGGUUUAUCGUAUGGUUCUUGGAAAGCAAAAGCGAUGCGCAUGUAUUAAUGCUGCCGAACGGAGUGAGGAACAUUAAUACGCGAAUGAUGUGCUCGAAUUCUGUCAUGGUCAGCGGCACUAAGAAUUACGCUGUUGCGGGUGUAAGGAAAAAUCUAUAUGUUUGGUCGCUCGAGACAUCUGAUUUAGUAAAGAUACUAGAUGCGCAUUUUGCAAGAAUCAUCCAACUAGAGGCAUUGACCAUCGGAAAUUGGAACAGCGUUGUAACGUCGAGUAUUGAUAGAAGUGUCAAAGUAUGGAACAUCAACAAUAUUUUCGAGCAAGUUCAUGUCAUCGACAGACAUGAAUUGCAGAUAGAUAUGAUAAGUUUAGCCGAAGAAGGUAACUUGGCUGUCACGGUUACUAGAGAUUGCGUGGGUAUUUGGGAUCUGCAAACAGGCAAAUUAAUAUCAAAGCUAGCCGAUAGUCCGUUGGGGGCAAUUGUUACACAUGCUUGUAUUACACAGGACAGUAGAUAUAUCCUAUCGACGGAAUCAGGUAAUGUUCUCGUGUGGAACAGAAUUACAGAGCAAGUGCUGUUCAAGGAAGAACAAGCAAAUGUUAAACAAUUAACAUUGAUAGAAAAUUCGUCAAAGUUCUUAGCCAUCUCGAGGCCUAACAAUCCUCCGGGAGUGGAAAACGUACGAACUACGGCCACCCUUAUUAUGAGAAGUAUUCCUGAUGGCAGAACAAUAUUCUCUUUGGAAUAUCCUGUAAGAAGUAAUACUGGUACACCUUUCCGACAAGUUGUGAUAACAUCAGACGAUGCUUUUUUGGCGGUACCAGCAGCUGAUAAGGGGAAUAGAGAUUGCAUUAUAAUUUAUAGUGCUAAAACAGGAGCAUUAAUCAGUAAAAUACCCAUAAAAUUACCUGGAUUUAAGGAUAUUUUAUGUAUCACCCCUAUGCCCAACAAAUCACAAUGGAUAGGGAUUAUUGGCUCUGAUAAGGGUACAAUUCUUGAUAUUAAUAAAAAAAAGAUUAUACGCACAAUUCCAAAAUGGACUGGAAAUAUUAGUAAGGAUGGCAAAUAUACUUUGUAUGCUCCUAGCAGAGGUGGUCUCGAACUCAUAGAGUUAAAGAAGGGCACAAGCGUGAAAACAUACAUAUCCAAAGUAGCUGAAGGAGUAUUCACUGUUAUUUCAAUGUUUAAUCGUACAGAUGAAUAUGUGCUUUACUAUCACAGUGGUCGAAAAACUAUUAGAGUUUUCAGAUCUUCAGACUGCGAAAUAAUAGCAAAUUAUAGAGUGCAAGCCGAGCUAAGUGCUAUUGAUAGUACACAUGAUGGCAAGAGCAUUGUUUUGGGAACAGUCGAUGGUUGUGUAUCAGUAUUGGCCAUAGCUGACCCUAAGAAACCUGAGAUGAAAGAGUAUCUUGCUAACGUGCCAUCUCGAGACGAAGAGUGGAAGAAGAAAACAGAGAAGCAUCGGGCUGCAAUAAAAUUCAAAGCUGCAGCUCGAAUCGCCCGUGUAACUUACGAUUUAUCGGCGAGCGUGAAAUCGACAAAUGACGUUUCGGAAACAAUCCAGGAGAUGGACGAGAACAUGGGGUAAUAAUUGAUUUUAGCGAUCGUAGUCUAAUUGCUGUGCGAUACACGCUCGUAGUUGUACAUUUGUUGUCUAUUUAACGCUGAAUCGCGAAAGCGGCAAGCUUGGUCCUUCAACGAUUUCUUUCGACACAACUUAUGACACAAAUCUGUAAUUGAUGGACGGCUUAAUAAAGAAAAGGCGAUAUAUACAUAUAAUACCACGAGUACAGAAUUUAUAUUACAUUUAUUUUUAUGUCUUUUCAUGUAACUCUCUUCUUACAAUCUCCCACAAUUGUUCUUCUCAUUCUCAUCGUUUCAUUCAAAAUGGAAUUAAAAAGGGAACGAGAUGAAU